AUGAAUGAAACACAAUUACCUAUAACAGGCAUUUGUUUAGUAUCGAAACCAAAUAAUGUUCCAACAGGUUAUCAUUGUAUCAGAAAAGCUUUUGAUGAUACAAAUCGUGAUGCUGAUCUCAUGGCUGAUUCAAUACUUGAACGUAAAGAUCGUUUUCUUUGUAUAACUCGUGCAUGGCCAUUAACUGAUGUACGUACACUUGCUGGAGAUUGUGCACGUGUUCUCGAAGAUAUAAAACUUAUAAAUGAACGUGAUAAUGUCCCACCAAAUUAUACAACAUUAGCUUAUACAUCAGAUACACGUGAAAAAGGUACUGUUAAAAAAUUAAUCUGUGUUAAAAUGGUCGAUAGACAACCAGGAAUGAAAUGUAUAUGUGAUAUUGUAUUUCUUUAUCGUUCAAAACGACCACCACAAUUUUAUACAUUAAUUGGAGAUAUAAAUGGUUUACAAAUGUGUGUUAAAGAAGGUACUGUACCAGCAUUACGUCCACCACCAGCUGUACCAUAUCCACAAUCAAAUCUCUAUCCAAAUCCAAUGGCUGAUCCAUCCUAUUCAACAUCUCAACAACAACAACAAACACCUUAUCCAGUAUCAGAUUAUUCAAAUACAAAUACACUUACAAAAAAAAAGUGA